AUGUGUGGCCGCCGCACCAGUCAUCACAGUGCAAUGAACAAGUCCAUUGACGAAUCCCUAGAUGGCACCAGCAGCAUCCAUAGCAGUCACUCUGACCACAGCAUUAGACAGUGGAUCCAACAACCGUCACAGCAAGCCAAGGAGGCCGACUCAAACAGGAGUAUUCGUGGUCGCCGAACCAGACGUUACAGCUUAAGGAAUGAGCUCGUUGACAAAACCCUAGAUGGCAGCAGCAGCAUCCAUCGCAGUCACUCUGACCACAGCAUAGGACGGUGGAUCCAACAACCGGCGCAGCAAGUCAAGGAUGCCGACCUCUUGAACAGAAGUAUGCGUGGUCGCCGCUCCAGUCAUCACAGUGCAAUGAACAAGUCCAUUGACGAAUCCCUAGAUGGCACCAGCAGCAUCCAUAGCAGUCACUCUGACCACAGCAUUAGACAGUGGAUCCAACAACCGUCACAGCAAGCCAAGGAGGCCGACUCAAACAGGAGUAUUCGUGGUCGCCGAACCAGACGUUACAGCUUAAGGAAUGAGCUCGUUGACAAAACCCUAGAUGGCAGCAGCAGCAUCCAUCACAGUCACUCUGACCACAGCAUAGGACGGUGGAUCCAACAACCCGCGCAGCAAGUCAAGGAUGCCGACCUCUUGAACAGAAGUAUGCGUGGUCGCCGCUCCAGUCAUCACAGUGCAAUGAACAAGUCCGUUGACGAAUCCCUAGACGGAAGCACCAAUGACCUCGACAGCUCCCGACGAAACGAUGACAGAAGCAGGUCUGGUGGGCCUUUGGAUCUCACGUCCAGGUCAUCCAUGCGAAGGAAGUCUGAUGGAUGGCUAAUUCAACAAUCGAGUAUCAAAAACGGCAACAAGUUGACGAGAAGCAGCACUGGAGAAGUGAGAGCUCAAAGUCGCAGUCCUGGCGAAAGCGGGUCUGGUGUAGAAUUGGACCUUCUGCCCACCAGGCCACCAACGAAUAACAUCUCUGGUGGUAUCAAACGAUGUCAAAAGUUGAACAGAAGAAAUUCUGGGCACAGUCGCAUCAUUCGACUCACUCAAAACUCGGGCUGCAGAAGCACUUCUGUCGGGGUAUUGGAAAUCAAGUCAGGUAGCAGCAGCUCCGGUCAAGGUCUUUAUAAGGACCAGCAUCACAGCCUGACAAGAAGCAAUACUGGAGGGCACGAAACGCGGCGAAGACGAAGCAAAUCUGGCAGAAAGGCAAAACGACAGUCCGAGGGGAAUCUUCGUCUGAUGGAAGAUUUGGUUCCUCUUGCCCGGACAAGCUCUCGCACCAGAGUCAGCGAAAUGCACCCUGCCAGGUCAGCACAGGACGUCUCUGAGGCUGAUGGCUCAGUUGAAAGGGAGAAGCGUAAGGAGGAUAGCACGUCCUCCAAAUCGAGCACCAGGCGUCGUUCUUCGGGCCAAGACCUCACCUCCCUGGGUUCCAAUCCACAGACCUCACGGGGAGACCGACGAUCAUCAAGUCAAGCCGGUGACCAGGGCACCCUAACUCGAAGAAAGAACUCAUUCAAGUCCUUCACAGAACUUGCUGACCAAAAGCGAAGCUCCAGUCAGCGAAGGAAGCGAUCUAGCAGUAGCAGCCAGCGAAGUAAGUCUGAUAACCGAGCUACUGAGAGACUUGAUGGCAAGAAGAAGAGCUCUUCCACGCCGAAAAUGAAUGCAACCUUUAACCGCGAGGAUAACCAUACCGGUACCCACCGUACCUCCGCUGCCAGUUUCGAGCAAUGGCCUCAGCGAAGCAACAGGAUCCUGUCUUCCGACCACCAAACAUCCUUGCACGAGAGGUGCAAUUCCCACUCGACGGCCACAACCAAUUCUACUGACGAUUCGGACGAAGAAACAUCCAAAACUGAGCGGCUUCUUUCGUUGCAAAAGCAGUUCGCAUCUAUCCCCGGAGCACUAGACGAUCUAAAGCCCGGCGCCAAAGGUCAACGAUUGCUAGAGUUGCGGAAAACGUGGAAGAAAGCCACAAGCCAACUUGUGGACCCAGCACCCACAACUAGUUUGUUCGACACCUGGAACACUGCUUUAGGUGUGUAAGUUUGGGUAAAUACAAGGUAAAGUUAGAAUUUACUCUUGGAGACUUGAAUAGAACAUCCUGUGAUGUUCCAGCGCUCAUUCAUGGAUCUGGGUCUCGUGAAAGAUUUGUACACUGUAGCUCUUGGAAGUAAAAAAGAUGACAAGUCUUCG